AACAAACUAAGAAACCAAUCUAAGUCUACAGCUUUAACCCUUACUAAACAAGAAUAAAAAAUCCUAUUAUAAACAGUCUUUUUAGUCAAGUAUAUAGUGUGCUGAAUAGUCCAAACUAAACUCUCCCAAAAAGUUAAGGGGCUGAUUGGUAGUUAAUUUAAAAAUAUAAUUUUAGAAAAUUAUUUUCAAAUUAAAUGAUUUGAAAAUAUUGAAUUUAAAAAUAAAUUAUAAAUUUUUGAGAUCUUAAAUGGUUGGGUGUUUUUAAAAUUUAAAAUCCAUAGCAUAGAAAGAAAACAAUAAUUUGUUGUUUUCUCUUUUGAUGAAGGAUUUUAACUUAGUUUUCAAAAAUGGUUUUUUUUUUAUUUUCUAAAACAAGUGUGCCAAUCAAGUUUUCAUUGGAGUUUCCAUUUUUUAAAUUAUGAAAAUAAUAAAACUAUUUUUGAAUCCACUACCAAUCACACCCUAAAUUUCUAACUUUCCAAAUAUGAUAAACAAAGCUAGCUAGAAUAGACCAGUAGACUAAUUUCCUGAACCUGCUAAGCUUGCUUCUUUUGAUCCACUUGAAUAUGCCUUCUACUGAACAAUGCCGAGUCUUAAUAGACAGCCAAAACAGAAUGGUUUGAAUUCAAGUUAAGUCUUUUGUAGUUGACAUGAACUGUAGAUUGACCUCUUUCUUUUUGUUCUUAAAGUUUGGACACCAAAACAAGAGCCCUCAUCUAGGCUUGAGGUGGAUUUUUAAUAGAGUAAUGAUAUGUGCACCUUAAAUAUGCACUCAAACAUUACGUAUAAUAAUGUGUCACUACUUUUUAAAAUAGUGGGUCACAAUUUUAAUAAGUGUGACUAAUUAGGCUAAACUAUCACAUAAUAUUUUGGUAUAUAUUUUAAUGGCACAUAUCAUUACUCUUUUUAAUAUACUAAUAAGUCUAAAUAUUCACAACUUUGUUAAAAAUAUACCCAAAUUGAUUAUAAUAUAUUAUUAUAUAUAAGGAAUUCUAUAUUUAAAAUAAAUAUUUCAUAUAUAACUAAUUGGGUAUCCUACUCAUUAUUAAUAGCAACUUUCCUAAAAUAUCCAACACUCAUCAAAACAAUUAUUUAAAUAUAAUAAAAAAAUUCCUAUUAUGUUUUCUUUUCCAGUAAUCAAUAUGAAGGAAAAAAAAUGCUUAGUAUUAUAAUAUAAUAAUUAUGAAGAGAGCAGUGUAUUGUGAUAUCAUUACUUUCUUUUAAUACUUAUUACCUUUUUCAUAUUAUUUAUUUUUAAUUUUUUUUUAUGCGUGCUUAAAGCAAUAUGUUUGAACCUAGUUUUCGGUAUCGUAAAUUAUUCAGAAUUUUCUGAAAAUUUGCAGGAUGCUCUAAAUAACUACAAUAUACACAGUCAUAAAAAAAUCGCACCAAAAAAUAUUCACGGGUCGAGAAUACUGAGAGAUAGCCACACCGGUAGGGCUUAAAGUGCAGUCCCUAUAAGAGAAUUAUAUUAUAUAUUACACGUGCAACAACGUGUUUGAAUUUAGUUUUUGGUACUAUAAAAUAUUCUGAAUUUUUUUAAAAUUUGUAGAUCUAAAUAGCUACAAUAUACAAGGUCAUAAAAGAAAAAAAAUCGCGCUGAAAAGUGUUCGUGGAUCGAAAAUACUGAGAGCAACACCGAUAAGACUUAAAAGUGAAACUUUGUACAAAAGUUGUGUUCGGCAAAGACAAAAUACCCAAAACAAAGAGCUCCAAAAAAAAGACAAGCCAACAGGAUAAUAAUAAUAAUAAUAAACAAUAAAAUCUACACAAAAUCAAGUAUCCAUAACAACAUUAAAAUAAAACUCUACUCAAAAGAAACAAAACAAAAAAAAAAACUAACCUUUUAUUGCAGGUUUCGGCAACAAUGUUCUUCCCCCAACCUCAUCAAAGUAAUAAACUUUGAUCAUGAAAUGUUGAAUCACAGCCAAGAAAUUUGGGAUUCAGUCCUUUCAAAUUCAAUAUACACCUUCAGAAAUAAAGACAAUCUAAAAAAAGGAAAUAGAAUAAACUUCAAUUUGUUAUUUUUAGAAGAGUAUCUUACAAUGAAAUCUGUAUCAUUAAUUUGAUAAUAUAUUAUAGGAGUAUUCUAUUGUAGGGGCUUCAAAAAUGGGGCUCUUUUGUAUUUUUAACUCGUGAAUAAUUUUUAGCGUGAUUUUUUUUAUGAUAGUAUAUAUUGUAGUUAUUUAGAUUACCCUGCAAAUUUUCAGAAAAUUCCUAAUAAUUUACUGUGUCGAAAACUAGGUUUAAACAUGUUAUUUUCCACACGUAUAAAAAAAUUAGUCAUGUAUGCAACAACCUGCUUUUAAACUAGUUUUCGACACGGUAAAUUAUUAAGAAUUUUCAGAAAAUUUGCAGAAUGCUCUAAAUAACUACAAUAUACAAGAUCAUAAAAAAAAUCGCGCUGAAAACUGUUCACGGAUUGAUAACACAAAAUAGCCCCACCGAUAGGGCUCUUUUUGAAGCCCCUACCAAAAAAAUUUCCUGUAUUAUAAACUUUUGAUAUUUAUAAUAAUAAUAAUAAAAGUGUUGUUAUUUGUCACCUUAAGGUAUCUAACACUACAUGAAGUGAUACCUAUGGGUGAUUAACGAUAUAUCAUAAUACUUAUUAAAUUAAAAUAUCUUGAACCUCUACUGAAUUGCAUCAAUAACUUUUGUUAUGGUCUUGGACAACAAUGCACCUCAGCAUUUCUCUAAUAAUAAUAAUAAUAAUAAUAAUAAUGGGUAUAUUAAAAUGUCUCAACAAAAGUGUAAUUAAUUUCCAUAGUGUAAAUUUUGUUCCGGAAAUGAAGUUGAAUGGAACACAUCCCAAAUAAGGGGAAAGGUCUCUAAUAAGGCUGACUCGGUCAACGAGAUUUCUCAACCCAAGAUUAUUACGUCUUCUUCCAAAAUCUAUUCUUAGAAUUGGGUAUGUCUGUAAUUGGUACAGUUUUCUGAUCAACUCCCUUCUCUCAAACCCCAAAAACUCAAAAAAAAAAAAUGAAACACAGUCCGAUUACCCCACAAAAACAAACUCAGCAAAACUCACAAAAUCAUACAUACUCACCACCACCACCGAACAACGGCUGUGUCCCCAUUCCUGGCUCAGCUCAAUAAUGGUCGUUGUUCCUUCUCUCCUCUUCCUCCUCUCCCUUCUCUCUUCGACUAUCUUCUUCGUUCCUUCUUCCCAUUCUUUUUCUGAAGCCGAAUCCCUUCUCAAGCUCAAGAACUCCUUUACGCAGACCAAUGCUCUCACUUCCUGGGUGCCUAACUCCUCCCCCUGUUCGUCUCGGUGGGCUGGGGUAAUGUGUUUCGACGGAAUCAUCACCGGUCUUCACCUCACCAACAUGGGUCUUUCUGGGAAAAUCGAUAUCGAUGCCCUGACUCAUGUUUCGGGACUUAGAACGAUCAGUUUCAUGAACAACAACUUCUCUGGCUCAAUACCGGAGUUUAGCAAGCUUGGAGUUUUGAAAUCUCUUUUACUUAGCGGGAAUGCUUUUUCUGGAGAGAUUCCUUCUGAUUUCUUCUCUCAUUUGAAUUCUCUUAAGAAAGUUUGGCUCAACGAUAAUCGAUUCUCCGGCAAGGUACCGGAGUCUCUGGCCCAGCUGACUCAUCUCAUAGAACUUCAUUUGGAGAACAACCAAUUCACUGGUUCGAUCCCUGCGUUUAAACAGAGCGUUAAUUCACUCAACUUGUCUAAUAACAAGCUCGACGGUGAAAUCCCGGGCAUCUUUUCCACCUACGACGUUAGUGCUUUCGCCGGAAACGAUGGUCUCUGCGGUAAGCCGUUGGAAAAGGUUUGUUCGGCGACACCAACCCAAUCGUUUGCUCCGCCAGCCAGCACGGAUUACUCCAACGACAACAAGUUAGUCGUCGGCGGAGUCGUGGCUGCCAUGGUCAUUGUCUUGAUAUAUGCUUUGUUGAGCUCGAAGAACAAUCGAGAAGACGAUUUUAGUCAGCUGGGGAGGGACACCAUGGACGAGAUGGUAGAAGUUCACGUACCCAGUUCCAACCGGAGGAACUCGGAAUCAUCCAGCCGAAAGGGCAGCGAUUCCAAGAAAGGUGGCGGCGGCGGCGGUGGAGGAGGAGGGUCGCAACAUGGGAAGAGUGGGUCGAUGACUGAUUUGAUAAUGGUGAAUGAUGAAAAGGGUACUUUCGGGUUGUCGGAUUUGAUGAAGGCUGCGGCGGAGGUGCUCGGUAAUGGCGGGUUGGGGUCAGCCUACAAGGCCGUCAUGUCAUUUGGGCUGUCUGUGGCGGUGAAGAGGAUAAGGGAGAUGAAUAGAUUGGGAAGAGAAGCGUUCGACGUCGAGAUGAGGCGGUUCGGUGGACUCCGUCACCGGAAUAUCUUGACUCCGUUGGCUUACCAUUACCGGAGAGAAGAGAAACUGUUAGUCUCCGAGUACAUUCCCAAAGGCAGCUUGUUAUACGUUAUGCAUGGAGAUCGCGGAACUAGUCACGCGGAGUUGAACUGGCCAACUCGUCUAAAGAUAAUCCAAGGAAUCGCCAGGGGAUUGGGAUUCCUCUACACAGAGUUCUCAAGCUACGACCUCCCCCAUGGAAAUCUCAAGUCCAGCAAUGUCCUUCUGAACCACGACCACGAACCAGUGCUCAGCGAUUACGCUUUUCACCCUCUGAUGAGCCCCAGCAACGCAACUUCAUGCAUGUUCGCCUACAAAACCCCAGACUACUUCAAGUACCAGCGAGUCUCGCCCAAGACCGACGUCUACUGCCUCGGCAUUCUCAUUCUCGAAAUCCUUACCGGGAAAUUUCCUUCUCAGUACCUCACCAACGGUAAGGGCGGAACCGACGUCGUUCAGUGGGUGUCUUCGGCAAACAGCUCGGAGGAGAUGGAGAGAGAGUUGCUCGACCCAGAAAUCGCUUCUGGGAAUGUUGCUAAUACCAAUGCCGUGAACCAAAUGAUUCAACUCCUUCGCGUGGGAGCUGACUGUGUCGAGAGUAAUCCCCAGCAACGGAUGGAUAUGAGGGAAGCCAUUAGAAGGAUAGAAGAAGUACAAGUAUGAUCAUGAUGAUUAUCGUUCCAAAACACAUUAAAUACAAAAACAAAAUACUUAGUAUAGUAUAGGAGUCUUUGAUGGUGAUCAAAGAAGAAUAUGUUGAUCGGUGGGGAAUUUGAAGAGUAAUGGUGAUUGAGAAUUCCCCAGAUGAUAGCAUUCUAGAAGACACCUACAUUUUUAUCAGUGUGUGAUGAUGAUGAUGAUGAACAAUUUUUUUUUUCUUUUUUAUUGGUGCAUAUAUAUUUUUAAUUUUUGGGAAAGAAAGUGCAUGCUUCUUGUUUCUAUAGUUAGGUAUCAUUUUCAAGAUUUUGAGUGGGAGAAAGAGAGUGGAGAGUUUCAACUAUUCUAAUUAGAAGCUACAUGUAUAGUUAAUUUAGGCAAGGAGGAUAUUGAUUAUUUGGAUACCUAUGUGUUGCAAGAACAACUUUUAUAAGAAUUUUGUUUUUUAUACACAACUUGUUUGUUCAUAAAAUGGAUGUCAAAAUGUCAUUCUAAUUGGAAGCUAGAUGUAUAGUUAAUUUAGGCAAAAUGAUGAUAUUGAUUAUUUUAAUACUUAUGCGCUUGUUGCAAGAACAACUUCUAUAAGAAUUUUGUUCGCUUUGGCUUCUACACAUAAUUUGUUUGUUCAUUAAAUGGAUGUCAAAACGACAUUUCUUAAUGGUGAUCUCAAUGAGGAUGUAUAGUUAAUUUAGGUAAAAGGAGGAUAUUGAUUAUUUCGAUUCCUCUGCGCCUGUUGCAAGAACAAUUUCUAUAAGAGUUUUGUUCGCUUUGGUUUUUAUACACAAUUUGUUUGUUCAUCAAAUGGAUAUCAAAACGAUAUUCCUUAAUUGUGACCUUAAUGAGGAUGUAUAG